AUCACAAAACAAUUACAUUUAUUUAAACGAUAACAUAAAAAGUAUUUGUCGAAAUUUUAUAUAGGGUAAUCAGUUGUGCAUGUCAGCAGUUGAAAAUUUAGUUUUUAAAAAUAAAUAAUACGUAAUGUUUAAUGCAUUAAAUCUGAAGUGCAAUGAAAAGCUAAAAGGAAGUGGAGCGCCACAAAAGAAAGUUUGAAUUGGCCUUUUGAAGUAAGACACAGAGAUAACGCGAUUACUUCCCGUAAACCCUGAAAAAGUCUUCCCAUUUAAAUACAUUUCGAAAAAAAGACGUGAUUUUAAGACUAGAAAGAAUAGAAAAAGGCAUUCGAAGUAUUCAAGGUCUGCAAAAUUGAUAUUCUGAGUGGAUGAUGAUCCACCUUCGAGUAUGCGUGAAUAGCAACAUAACAAUAAUAAAUACUACUAAAACGUGAGGAAAUAGUCUUGGAUGACCAUUUAUUACUUUAAUGAAUUAAUAGUCGGUUGGAUUAGUGGGAGAGAGGUCAAAUUACAACCCCCUCUAUAAGUAUACUCCUCUUCUAUCACCAUAUGGACACUGUGUAUUAAGUCUCAAAAUUACAUACACUUAAUACAUAAAUCACUUGGCCACGUUACAAGUUAGGACCUGUCCGCAAUAUCUUUGUUAAGUGCAAACAUUCUUUUUGACUUUAAAAAGCUCCUUGCAUUGCACAUCUCCCUCUGCAAGCCUCUGCAUCUUCUUCUUAGUAUCAGCUUUGCUUAGGGUCCAUCUAUUUUGCAGCAAUGGAUUAUGAUCUGUUUCGUUCCAAGAAGAGUAUGAAAAACAACAGGUGGCUCGAGCAUAAUCUCGAUGACAUGGACAGGAGCGUGAAAAAAAUGGUGAAGUUGAUAGAAGAGGACGCAGAUUCGCUAGCCAAGAAGGCAGAGAUGUAUUACCAGAAGAGACCUGAGCUUAUAAGCCUGGUCGAUGAGUUUCACCGUAUGUACCGUUCUCUAGCCGAGCGUUACGAGGACCUCUCCUCCUCUGACCUCACUACUGAGCUUAACAACAAUAGGUUAGGCCGUCCUCCUUCCCGCCGUGCUCCUGGUUUUGACUACUUCCUUGGCAAUAACGGAGGAGGCCUUCCCUCUGAUCUUUAUCACAAAGAUGUAGAUGAUGUCGCUUCCGUUACCGACUCCGAACAGGAAUGGGAUGAUACAUCUUCUCUGGCUAGUUACCCCGGUUACGUGACCGUUGGCUCUGAUUUUCAGUCCAUGACCAAGAGGGUCGCUGAUCUCGAGAUUGAGCUACGUGAAGCCAAAGAGAGACUCAAGAUGCAGCUCGAAGGUAACACCGAAGGCUUGUCGCUGACAAGGGUGAAGAGUGAGAGCAAGAUUGUUGAUUAUCCAGCGAAACUCGCUGCUUGUGAGCAAGAGCUGAGAGAUGCAAACGAGAGGAUACUCAACUCAGAAGACCAAAUCUUCAUGUUGAAGAAUCAGCUCGCUAGGUACUUGCCGUCUGUGUUGGAUGACGACGAGCAGGAGAGUGGUGAAGGAGGAGAAGAAUAUUCCAGACAAGAGAUGGACGUUGAGACUUUGUCUGAAGAGCUGAGAGUUGCAAACCUGAGGCUCCGGGAGGCAGAGAGAGAGAACGGCAUCAUGAGAAGAGAAGUUGAGAAGAGCAAGUCUGAUGACGCUAAGCUCAAGAGCCUCCAGAACCUGCUGGAGUCGGCGCAGAAAGAGACUGCAGCGUGGAAAAGCAAGUCUACCGCAGAUAGAAGAGAGGUGGCGAAGCUGCACGACAGAGUCUCCAUGUUGAAACAUAGUUUAGCAGGUAGAGACCAUGAGCUCAGGGAUCUGAAGACAGCUCUGUCCGACGCAGAGGAGAAGAUAUUCCCGGAGAAGGCGCAGUUCAAAGACGAGAUAUCCAGCCUGUUGGAGGAGAAAACACACCGCGACGAGCAGUUUAGCGAGCUGGAAGCACAAGUGCGUUACCUUGAAGAGGAGAUAAGAAGGGUGAGCAAUGAGAAAAUGGAAGAGGAGGAGAGGCUGAAGGGAGAAAUCGAGGCGCUGACAGUGGAGAAGGAAGAGAAAGAGAGAUGCAUAGAGACUUUAAACCAAAAGAUGAGUGAGCUUGAAUCAUCUCUGACUGUGCUUGAAUAUGAAAUGAAAGCAAAAGAGAGUAAGACGAUUGAGAUGGAGGAGGAGGUGGAGAAGCUGAGGAGUGAGCUAGAGGAAGUAGCAGAAGAGAAGAGGGAAGUGAUAAGACAACUCUGUUUUUCACUGGACUACUCCAAAGACGAGUGCAAGAGACUACACACAAUGCCUAUUCAGGGCAUCGACCACUAAGAUCUUUCUCCAUUUUUCGCUUUUUUUUUUUUGAUUCUGAUGUAUAGCAUCUAAUACUAUUUGUAACUUUGUUUUUGUUGCUCUUUCACAUAUAGAAAGAGCUGUUUUUU